AUGUCCCCCGCGGGGCCGGCCGGCUGGCCCUGGUCCCUGGACGGCCUGCGGGACUGCGUGGCCACGGGCAUGCAGGCGGUGCGGGACUGGGACGCGGCGGCCGUGGGCGCCGUGGGCGGCCUGCUCGUGCUCUUCGUGUGGUACUGCUACCAGGUGGGCCGCGAGCCGCCGCGGCCGCACGCGCCGGGGGCCGCGCUGCUGCCGGGCGCCCCGGCCCGGGGGCCGCGGGACGGCUGCGCGGCCUGCGGGGCCCCGGGCUGCGGCCGCGACCAGCGGCUCUACCGCAACCUGCAGGAGUACGCCAAGCGCUACUCGUGGGCCGGCAUGGGCCGCAUCCACAAGGGCAUCCGCGAGCAGGGCCGCUACCGCGGCGGCCGGCCCUCCAUCCAGAAGCCCGAGGUCUUCUUCCUGCCCGACCUCCCCACCGCGCCCUACUUCGCGCGCGACGCGCAGAAGCACGACGUGGAGCUGCUGGAGCGCAACUUCCAGACCAUCCUGUGCGAGUUCGAGGCCCUGUACAAGGCCUUCUCCAACUGCAGCCUGCCGCAGGGCUGGAAGGCGCACGGCGCGGCGGGCGGCGAGUGGCUCACCUUCCACCUGCUCAGCCAGGGCGUGUGCGUCCCCAGGAACUGCAGGCGGUGCCCUCGGACGUCCCGCUUGCUGGGCAGCCUGCGCACCUGCAUUGGGAACAAUGUGUUUGGGAACGCCUGCAUCUCCGUGCUGAGCCCCGGGACCGUGAUCGCCGAGCAUUACGGGCCCACCAACAUCCGGGUCCGGUGCCACCUAGGUCUGAAGACGCCGAGUGGCUGCGAGCUGGUGGUGGGGGGCGAGCCGCAGUGCUGGGCAGAAGGCCGCUGCCUUCUCUUCGACGACUCUUUCCUGCACACUGCCUUCCACCAAGGUUCAGCAGAGGACGGGCCACGUGUGGUCUUCAUGGUGGACUUGUGGCACCCGAAUGUGGCAGCUGCCGAGCGGCAGGCCCUGGAUUUCAUCUUCGCCCCGGGACGAUGAGGACGCCGCCUUUGCCGGAGCCAGUGAGAUGGGCUGGCUGA